GUAAUGACUUUUGGCUACCCACUAAGCACGCCACACCCUACUAGCUGUCGCUGGACGCGGAAGUCAACAGGAGCUCAACAACGAGCCUGCUAGGCCCCUUUGCGGCUUUCCGCACGGUGCAACGAAUAUGACAUCUUACACAGCUCGAAUAGCCUAGCAUGCGUAUCCGUGCGGAGUGCUGAGCGGCUCCAGACCGGGGCCAUUUGCCAUGGACCGGACGCCGGUGACGCCCUCUGCGGGCGUUUUCCUACUUGCCGAGCCCGAUGUCGCUUUUGGCUCAACAAGUAAUCAGAGGGAUGUCAGCAGCCGGCGAAAGCCGUCGCCUGCUUUAUCCGACCAGGAGCGGCGACAGGCGGAGACGGUGGCGCAGCAGCUCACCGCCAAGAAGGCCGUUCGUCAGCAGGCUAUGCGGGAUCAGGACCGCGAGCGCGCCAUGCUGAAGGGCAUUGUAUUCCGGUCAGGGGUUGAGCAGGCCUUGCAGCAGCAGCGGUUGCUGGUGGAUGCGGAGCAAAGGCAGGCCGCCGCAGAGGAGCUUGCACGACUAGCUGGCGUGUUUGAGCGCCGGCUCGGCAAGAUGGGCGAGGCCCAUCUGGAAGCCGCGACUUUCAUGCAGCAGCAGCGGGAAGCUCGCGCAGCACAGGAGCAACGCCAGGCAGAGCUGGAUGAGGUGCAGGCACAGCGCUUCCAGUCCGCCAUCGCCUCCAUUAAGUCUCAGCACAACGUGGCGCGAUUGCAGGCGCAGCAACAGCAGCAGCGGCGGGCCCAAAUCCUCAAGGCGGAGCGUGACAAGGCGCAGGCCUUUUCUGCUGAGCAAGCUGAGCGCUCACAGGCGCACAAGCGCCGGCAGGAGGAGCAGCUGCGCCAGGAGCAGGAGCGGCGGCGCCGCGCGGCCAAUGGCCUGUCGGUGGACUUCAGGCACACACGCCUUCACGAGGGGCUGGGCGCACCCGGGCCCAUCUCGGUGCCAGGAGUGCCCGCGCCGCCCAUUCCAGCAGUGCCCGACCCGGUCCUGUCUGCGGAAGAGCUCGCGCACAAGGUGGAGCUCGAUCGUCGACGCAAAGAGAUGGCAGCGGCUGAGGCCGAGCACCGGGCGCGGGAACGCUUCUUGGCGGCGCAGGCCAAGCUGCGUGCGGAUGCACAGCGCAAGCAGGUUGAGGAGGAGCUGGCAGAGCUGACGGCACAGCGGGCCGCAGCCAAGAAGCAGGCCCUGGAAGCGCACCGAUUGCGCCUUCAAGACCAGCGGAAACAGCAGGAGCUGCUGCGCGUGUUUGAGGACAACUUCCUGCAACCGGAGGACGACCUAGCGCCGAGGUCGCUUCCAUCGUACCUUCGGCCAGCGGCGCAGCGUGCGCCUGCCGGUGGCGCUGCGCCUGUACCCACGGCGCGGCAGGUGUCCGUGCCGCUUGCCGCUCCGGGCCCUGCACCUGUGCUGGCCGCGGCGCCGGUGCCCAACGCGGCCAUGCCGCGGUGGAGCAAGGGCCGCACCGCGCCGCUCGGCCGCCAUCCGUCACCUCCUCCACUGCCUGUCGUGCCUGCUCCGCCUGCAAAAGGCGAGAUCGCAGUCCAAACUGACCCGGAACCGCCCAGCAUCAGUGAUCAGGCGGCCACAAGCUUGGAGCUGCCGCAAUCUCAGCUGGCACCUGAGCCAGAAUCGCAAAUGGUUAGCAGCCAGGAUGCGGCCACGGCCGAGCAGCAGGCGGCGAAGGAAGCCGGGACAGUGCCCGCGCCCUCCGAGGCUGCCAGUGCCGACGCGCAGGCAGCUGCAGCAGCGCCGGUGGAUGAAGCAGACACUGCAGCAAUGGUGGACGACGAUGCGAUGGACGAGUGGGCGGAGGAGGAGGUGGACCGCGAGCUAGCCCGCAUGCGCAAAGAGCUUGGCUUGGAGGACUCGGACCUGCGCUCCUCAGCCACUAGCCUCACCAGUGGUGUCAGCGUGCCUGCGCUGCUCGGAGACGCAGCCGAGCGCCGCGCCACCAGCCAGCUGCUGCGUGAGGCCGCGGACACGGCGGCUGCGGCGGCCUUGAGCCUAGCUGGCACCGGCUCCACCGGUGCUGCGGCAGCGGCGGCCGCCGCUGCCAGGGCCAGGGCAGCCGCCGAAGUGGCGGCACGAGCCGCGGCCACGGCGACUGCAGAGACAGCUGCGGCUGCUGCAGCGGCCGCAGCUUUGGCCACAGAGGACGCAAAUUUAGCACUGGACGCCCCCGGGACGCUUACACCAGCAGGAAAGCUCGGCGCUGGCGGUGCCGCAGCGGUCCCGGCUGCGGCGGCGAGUCCCGCCGACACGCUCAGCUCCUCAGUGCUACGCCUGCUCAACACCCCCUCCUCGAUCUCAGAGACACCAGGUGCUGCCGCCGGUGCGCCUUCAGGGGCUGCUGCAGGGUCCGGCCGCGCCGCCGCUCGCGCUGGCGCCGGCAAUGCUGGCGCCGCAGCAGGCAGGGCAGCUGGGGCUACUAGCUCUCGCGGCCUCUUCGCAGGGCUGUCGCCGGGAUCCCUGCCUUCUGACCUGGAUGAUGUGCUGCUGCUGUCGGACUUGGACUGGGAGGAGCUGGAGGGCAUGGCUGGGCUGCGUCCCAGCGGCAGCGCAACCAGCGGUGCGGGCACUCCCCAACAAGCCCCAGCAAGCGCCCGGGGUUCAGGUCUUCCUGCCGGAGCGGCGGCCGCAUCGGGAGCUGCGCGACUGCCCGGCGCGGGCGCUGCAGCCGGCGCGGCGGCUAGCGUCAGCAGCAGCCCGAGCCUGAGCGCCGUCAGCGACAUGUCCAGCAUCCGGCGCCUGGUAGCAGAAGGCAUCCUGCCUCCGGACAUCGGCGCGCUGCUGGCGUCUCCCGGCGGGCUCACCUCCACCCUCACGGCCAUGACCGACCUUGGCAGGCUGCCACCGCCAGCCGGGCAGUCACAGGAGCAACUGGCAAUCAGCAGUGGUUCCCACUCGCGUUCCGCGCUGUCCAGCUCUGUAUCCGGCCUGUCCGCCAUUCUCGCUGCAGCGCCCUCUGCAGCGGCAUCGGCCGGCAUCACGGCAGACAUGGCCUCAGUGCUGAGCCUCGGAUCCCUUUCAGCCGCCUCCAGCCUGAGCAGCUUGUCUGCCUAUGCUGCCGGCCUCGCUGCCGCGUCAGCCGCCGCGGGCCGCAAGGGCACUGGAGCCGUGGCCCAAGGCGGCCUCGCGCCGAUUCCCGAAGAGGUGCCUGGCACGGCAUCAGCGCCCUCAGCAUCCUCGUCGACGAUCUCCCUACCGGGCGCUGCCACAGCGGGUGGGGCUGGGGGCGCGGUUGCAGCGGCGGCGACGUCCGCGCCGGGGCUGUCGCAACCCGUGCGACUGACCCUAGCUGACCUGAACCGCGAGCUAAUGUCCUCGGCGGCUGCCUGGAAGGGCCGCUUGGAGGCAGGCUCGGGCGCAGCAGCUGGUGCUGCAGCCGCAGCGGCUGCCGCAGCAGCUGCCUCGGCGGCAGGCAGCAGCGCUUCGUCGCUGGCGACAAGGACGGCGCUGCUUGGCCGAUCGGCCGCCCAGCCAGCCGGCUCCGGGACGCCCAGCCGGCCCGCCCGGCCAGGCCCCAUGAUGUUCGCCUGUCUGGAGCCGCCGCCACUUGGGGCGCCGCUGCAGCCCCACGGACUGGUGCACGGCGCCGCCCCCGCCUCGACCCAGUCGUCGCCUCUGUCGCUGCCACAAGCAUCGCAGCGCCCAGCAGGCGGUGUAGCAGCUGCAAGCCAGGGCGCAGCAGUGGGCUCCUUGCCACAGGUGCUGCAGACAUUCGCGCACCCAGGCACACCCUCCAGCUCCAGUUUGUCUUACCUGGGGCUAGCUGGCACUGGGCUCCCUGCCUACGGCUCUGGCGCCAGCGCACCUGCUGGAACUUCCACCAUGCUGCCAGCGCCACCGGAGGCGUACACUCCCGGUCCAGCUCCCAGCAGCUCCACCUCUAGCCUACUCACAACGCCCGCUACCACCGUAACGGCGGGGGCUGCGAGGACGGGGUCCGGCGCCCGGGGCCGCCACCAACUGCCGGGCGAGCAAUCCAGCCCGUACGACAUGUACGACAAGGAGUCGCGGCGGUUGGCCGAGCUCAUGUCCAGCAUCACCGCUAGCCUGCAGCAGUCGGCCCAAGCGGUAGCGCGCGCGGGAGGCGCCGGCACCACCGCUGGUGGCGGCGGCGCGGGCGCCGGUGGCGGAGGCGGCAGGGGCGGCACGACGGCAGGUGGCGGCUCGCUUUACGCAUCACCGAGCGCGGCUGCUGCUGCUGCGCUGGCGUCCGCCAAUGCGGCCCGGCUGUUGGGAGAGCUACCGACGCCGUCCAGCGUCUCUUCCUUGAGCAGCGCCACGUUCAGCGAGACGCUGGCCGCCGCUCUCGAGGGCCGCCGCCGUUCGCCCUCAGCCGCCGUACCCGGGGCAGCUGCACUUGGAGGGGCGGCUGCGACUGGUGGGGCCAUCGCUGCCGCGGGAGGCGACGGCGGCGUGGGCGGGAGCGGCAGUAACCGGAGCACACCCACGCGCACUUCGGCUCGCCCUGGCAGCGGGCCAACGGCAUCGCCCACACGGGGCCUCGCCAGUCUGGGCAUGGGCGUAGGCCGGCCUUCGCCGAGCGCGUCUCCGCAGCAGCAGGGGCGGCGUGCUGUGUCUGCCAGGGGCAGCUCUGGGCAGGCAGCAGGAGUUCCUGAUGCGGCGCCGGCCUCGCCGUCCGCUACUACCUUGUCCUCGAUUACCUCACUGCUUCAGGCCACGGCCGCCCUGCAGGGCCUCUCGGCCCAAACUGGCAGUGCUGCCGCCGGUGCAGCCGCCGCCAGCGGCAGCGCCGCCGCCGCGCCACCUUUCACCAGCAGCGCGUCCAGCCUGUCCUCCACCGUCUCAUCCCUGCAGCCGCGGCUAAACCCCAGCGCCGGCGCGGGCCGCAGCAGCGAUGCUUCCAGGACAGUAGCAGUUGCCAGCACGCGUUCCUCUCCUGCAAAGACGGCUUGGGCGGAGCAGCCGGCCGAGGCUGAGGAAAUCGCCCAAUCCCCAGCCCUGUCGCCUGUCGGUCGCGGCCGGCAGGCGCCUGGCAUCUCGCCGUCCCGUGCAUCUCCCUCGUCCCGCUCAGCAAGGCUGGCAGCUGGCACCGCGGCAGCGCGCUCACCACGUUCCCCGGCUGCCGGCACCGCUGCCGGUGCUGAGGCAGAGGGGCCUUCCCCGGGGCCAUCCCUGCCCUCCCCAGGCACGCCACCAUCGCCUGCGUUCACAGACUCCACCUUGCCGUCAACGGUGGGAGCGUCACCCACUGCACUUCACCAACCCCAGCCGCAGCAUGCAUCCACCACAGCAGGAUUGACAGCACCCCGCGGCGCGCCUUCACAAGCUGCCCAGGCUGGCGAUGCCGUCGCAACCGUAGCCGGAGCCAUCGCAGACCUGCUCCGCCGCCGUGCUGCCAGCACCGCGGCCGCCACUGAAGCUGCCGCGGCACAACAGCCGCCUGGAGCCACCACAGAGCUGCCGCCGUCGCCGUCCGCCACGCCAGCUGGCCGCGCCUCUACCCGUGCAUCACCUCCAGCUGGCGUGUGGGCGAGCCUGACUGGCCAGACGCUGGAGGAGGCUUUGGCCGGGCUGAUGGAAGGCUCGGAGUCGUCCCUGGAUGACUUGCUCCGCUCUUCCCUCAAUCUGUCCGCAUCCGUCAGCCUGGCCGACCUGAUGCCGCCCUCCCAGGAGCCGUCCGCAGCCGCGCCGCCACUUCCGCAGCCUGCGCCGCAGCAGCACGAGCCCGCCGCGCCGCAGCCGGUGCAGAGCGCGGCUAUUGCUGGAUUCCCUGCCCCCAGCGCUGAGCCCUGGACAGCCGGCGAGCCAGCACCAGUAGUCGACGGCGCCAUACGCACUGUUGCCGCCUCGAGCGCAGGGGCAGCCAAGCUCUCACCUGCUGGUGCUGGUGCCGACACGGCUACUGAGGGCGCGGAACGGCCUGAGCUGUCACUGAGCGCGUCUGCGGGCUCUGACGACUUCGGCGGCAUCAUGGCUGGCCUGCUCCAAGACAUACAGCGGGGCCUAGCAGCCAUGGGUGCCGCGGUGGCGCAGCCGUUGCCGUCCGCCACAGCCGCUAGGGCAGCGGCUACGGCAGAGCAAGCGGAGGCUAACGCACAAACAGAAAGCGAGGAAGCGGCGCUGCGGCAGGCGCAGCAGGUCCAAAGCGGGGAGGGCUCGCAGGAGGAUGGGCCGGAAGAGCUGGGGUUGCAGGAGCGGCCGUGGCGGCCAGAUGCGGCUGGCACAGAGAUCAGCAGGGCCGCAUCAGGGCCGUAUGGAGAUGGCGGCCUGCGCACUGAGAGCGAAGAUGAGCUGGACCAGUUCCAGGAUGAUGCCGUGCCGCGCGCUCUAGCUGCCCAGCCAGCGCUGCAGCUGUCCUCGGCGACGGCAGGAGGGCAGCCAGAGGACUCGGCAGGGACUACUGGUGGCAGCAGCAGCGGAUGGGCUGGGCAGCCAGAGUUCGUUUCGCUGCCAACCUUCAGUCGCGGCUUUGCCGAUGGCUUCCUGCGGCGCUCGUCCUCGCUGCCCUCGCCGCCCUCGCCCCAAUCGCCUAGGGAUGGUGGGAACCCUGACACCUGGCAUGGCGGCGCUACCCUGCCCCCCAGCGCUGCUGCUGCCAGCUCCGGACCGCAGUCGGGUGGCUCGCUCGCCAGCGGGGCGUCAAGGCUGCUGUCGACCGCCAGCGCGCCGCCGCCUGCGACCAUCGCUGCACCCACGACGACGACCAGCGGAGCCUACAGCUUCCUGCAGGCGCCGCGGGCGUCCGCCGCGCGCGGCCGCACGCCGUCCAGCGUCAAGUCAGGAGGUGACUCGCCCAGCCCGCCCGGCUCCCCGCUCCCCCCCUUUUGUAGCGCCGACCUUGGCAGCCUCGGCGCUGAUGCGAGCAUGGGCGCAGGCGUGGGCCUGGGCGCCACGGUUGAAGGCGGCGCUGCCGGCGCCGUAACGCGUCCGGGCACUCUAGGGGCUGCUGUUGGUGGCGGCGCCGGCGGCACUGGCUCGCAGCAGUCCAGCCCCACCCACUCCAUGACCACUGUUUCCUCCAUCACUUCGCUCACCGACGCGAUGGCGGCGUACCCGCUCUUCGGCGGCAUGCACCACUCGCCGCUAGGCUCGCCCUCCUCUUCAGACGAGGAUGCCGAAGGUGCGCGUGGCGCGGCAGGCGACCACAGCACUGAGGUUGGCAGGAGGGGCACUUUGCGGGCCUCGUCCGGCGCCGCGGGUAUGGCUGCUAUUAGUGGCGGCAACAGCCGCGGCGGUAGCGGAAGCGGCAGCGGCGGCGUUGCGGCGUCAGGUGGGGUCCCGGCGAGCCUGGCGGACUGGAGCCCGCUGCCUAUUCAGUACGAGUCAUUGCAGCCAGCGGAAACGGCGGCUGCGGAUGCGGCUAGCCCGCGCGAUACAGAGCCUUGGCACGGCGCCUGGGACCCACCCGGGCUCGGCCUCGGCGGCAGGCGCGGGCCGCAGGACGCUAGCGGACCGUGGCUGUGGCAAGGCGCUGGCAGAGCAGCGGGAGCUGGAGUGGCGGGUGAAGGCCAUGGCGACGAUGGCGCGGGCGCCGGUGCGGUGGGGUGGCCGCAACAGGAGUCUGGGCAGGCGCCAGCUCAGGAGGACGCGCAGCAGUCCGCUCAGACCCACACGCCUCUGGCCCAGCGGCGCCCUAGCUCGGGGCUGCAGGGCCUGCACCUUGACAUCCCCCAGCCAGAGGCGGCGGCUCAGCGCGCUGGCUCAGGCACUGCUGCUGACAUUGGUUUUGCUGCCCCCGCGCCUGCUGGAAGCACGAUGGGUCUGGAAUCCCAGAUCGGUUACGGCGCGGUCCUUGCAGGCAGCGCUGCGGGAGGCAACACUGCCACGCCCAUGUCAAUUCGGGUGGCUCAGUCACACUAUCAUCAGCACCAGCCCGCUGCACUCACGGCGACUGGCGGCGGCGGGAGCUCGGGCUCCCCGCCGCUGCGCCCGUGGCCUCAGCACCAGCUUCAGCACGGCAGCGUUGGCGGCGGCGGGGAAGGCGGCAGUCCGUUGAGGUCGCCGGGUGGCGGCUGGCGGCGGCGGCCUGGCAGCGGCCCUGCAGGUCACGUGGUGGGGCUGUCUGAAGAGCAGCUGACGGGGCUGCUGAUGUGGACCGUCAGUGACUUCUUCUCCUCUCCCAGCAACAGCAGCAGCAGCGGCGGUAGUGCGGGGGACUAUUAGGGGUGGAAGGGAGUGAACGGGUUGGGAGAGGGGCCGAGGGUAUUGACCGGUGAGAAAGAGAGCAGGGCGUGGUCACGUGGGGUACGCGGUCUCCUGCUUGAGGUACCUUGUGCUGCACCGCAUGGGCUGUCGUUCUGGUGCAUUCCUUUAUCGCUUCCGGGCCAGAUAUGCGCGAGCGCCGAAGCCUUGAUGAAGCACUGUGGUAUGGAACCGGCUGAGAGUACGAUAUAGAUUAGGGGCUUUCCAGAACCAGAUGUGUCGGACUGUCGGAGCCGUGUCACGGCUGAAUUGUCUAACCUUGUAACUGGUUCGCAAG